UUAGAAGAUAAAUGUGAAUUAUUGUGUGGAUAGUUGAAAACUAAGGCGGUUGAAACUUUAUCAAUAUGUGUGGUCUUAUUGGAAACCUUAGAAAUUGUUUAUACGCGGAAGAAUAUUAUUUGCGUGAUACACAAUCAUGACAAUAUAAAGAAAUCAUAGACACUUGAUAGAACAUUGUAUUAGGCAGUUCACUACAAAUUUCCGUAUCACUUGUAUUCUAUUUGUAUAGAGGAAGUUUAUAAUCUAUUUGAAGGGUUUUUAAAAAUCAUGGCAAAUAAUGUUACAGUAAACAAAACCGACAAAUGCGUUGAUACAAAACGUAUGUUAAAUGAAACAUCUCCUGAGUCUCCUAUACUAAAAUGGAUUGCGCUGACAGAGGCAGUAGGGAUAAUCAUACUCAAUACUGUGCUUAUCUUAAUGUUGAUGAGGCUGAAGAAGAAAAGUAGGAUGGCUUUCUUUGUUAAACACCUUAGCAUUGCAGAUUUAUUUGUUGGACUACUAUAUGUUCUUCCGAGUUGUAUAUUUGAACGAUUCCUUGAUAAAUGGGAAAAGUAUUCCUGUUUUAUUUUCUUCGGAUAUUGUACUAAUGUGACAAUCUUUGCGUCGACAUUUCUGAUUGUUGUGCUAACUAUAGAUAGGUUAUUUGUUAUUGUGCGACCAUUGUCAGCAUCAACAAAAGGAAACAGAUAUCGUUAUGGACUUGUUUCUGGCGCAUGGAUGUUGGCUCUAAUACUUACACUACCAUAUGCCGUAAAUAUUAGGUUCUCGGACUCAUAUAAAGCACAUGGAAUACAUAUAUGCUGGCAUGAUUUCAAGCAUAUGCAGGCUAUAGUACUUGCUGAAAUGUUCAUAAAUUGGAUAAUCCCAGUUUGUAUAAUAAUAUCAUGUUAUACAUGGAUCAUAAGAGUCAUUAUUCGACGAGAAAAAUUUGGACUUCAAGGGUCACCAAAUACGAUAGUUUCACAUGGUACAACGACUUUCCUUGGUAACGGAUUAAAUGCACAAACAGCUUCUACCUCUGUCAUUACAACCGCUAAAAUGAAAACAAUAAAGCUUUCAUUAGCAGUCGUCAUAGUCUACAUUGUAAGUUGGACUCCUAUCAAUUUGGCACAAGUGUUGAAUGUGUUCUAUAUUAUACCCGCUGGAGAUCUGUUCACAUUUUUGCAAGUAUUGGCUCCGAUCAACAACCUUAUGAAUCCAUUAGUUUUCCUAGUCUUUAACAGACAAUUGUUUGUCAAUGAAAAACAAAGAAUCAGCUAUAUAAAUCACUCCCCUUGCAAUACUAUGUUGACUAACCACUGACAAAAGUCAAAUAGCAGAUAUCGUUCAAAACAGAAGAAAGUAUAUAUCUGAGUUGAUCAAGGGAAACAUAUUGACUGACUGUAUAUGUUGUUUCCGGGAAUGCUGAUUCAAAUUUAACAACAGUGUAAUCUCUAUUCAAAAAUAAGAAACAUCCAUGUCCUUGCAUUACAUUUUGACAUUAUCUUAUACCCAAAAUGUUGGAAUAGGGAUAUAACUGUACAAAGUUUUCUUUUAUAUUUAAUCAUAAGUAUCUUUGUAUGGGAAAAUAUCAAAAUAAUGGGGUCAUUUAAUACUAUGUAUUGUAAACAGUAUUUUUUAUCAUGGAAGACUGCGAUUUCAGCCUUUACCUUAAGAAUAAUAAGCAUAUAAAAGUAGAGGAAUUAAAAUUGUUCAAAGCAAUGUACUUUGAUCUAUAUGCUUUAUUCGGCUGAAUAUUCUCGUUUGAGUAAUCAGACUCAUAGCUUGCGGAUAGUGAUAAGAUAUCUGGGUUUUUUUAAAUAUGUGAGGAAAU